AUUUGUUCUUUCGUUCAUUCUUUUUUUUUGAGACCUAGUCUUCCUAUGUAGUUCAGGGUGGCCUUGAACUUACUAUGGAGCCUAGGUGAGCCUUGAACUAGAGGUGAUCCUCCUGCCUCAGCCUCCUGAGUGCUAGGAUUACAAGUGUAUACCACCAAGCCUAGAUCCCUUUUUGAAAAUUUUUAAAUUUUGAGACAGAGACUUGCUAAGUUGUCCAGGCUGGGCUUGACCUUGUGAUUCUCCCACCCCAACCUACCCCAGAGUGCUGGGAUUACAAGUGAGCACCACUACACCCAGCUCAAUAUGUUACUUUUAUAAAUUAUGCAUUUGCCUAACAUCUGGAUCUGUAGGUAAAUUUGAUAAGGUACAAUGAAAUUUUGUUAACUUUUUUUUUUUUGGUACCGGGAAUCGAACUCUAGUCCUUGCGCUUGUGAGACAGGCACCAGAACCACUGAGCUAAAUCCCCAGCGAAAUUUUGUUAACUUUAUCAGAUAGCUCAUAGAUUUAUUUGUUCAUAUUUUAUAUUUAGCAGAAACAAUCCAACUGAUUUUCAUCCCUCAAGUUACAUACAGUGUAAAACCUCAGCACAUACCUGUAAUUCCCACCUGCUUGGAACUCUGAGGCAGGAGGACUGUAAGCUCCGGGCCAGCCUGGACAAUUUAGCAAGACCAGAAAAUUAGCAAAUGUGCAAAGUGGUAUGAAAACAGAGAGAAGGUGAAGACAAGAAGAAAGAUAAGAUUAUAGGGUGUCACUGGAAGUGCAGAAGGAGUAUGGGAGUUAGAAGGCUGAGGGCUUCAUAGCACAUAUGAACAAAUUAGGGGUUUUUAUUGUUUUUGAGACAAGGUCUUGCUGUGUUGCCAAGGCUGGCCUUGAGCUCCUGGCUGUAAGUGAUCCUCUCACCUCCUCCUCAGUAGCUGGGACCGAAGAUGUGUACCACCAUCCCUGCUUAGUCUGGGAGCUUGGACUUGAUCCUACAGGUUUUGGAGACACCACAGAAAGGUACACAGGUACACUAUUUAAGUCAUCUGAUAUCAGAUCGGACAGUUUGGAAGAUCUGUGGGAAAAUUUAAGCUUACAGCCUGCUAACUCCCCUCGUGUAAAUCUCUGUGUAACUCUGUCUCCACAAGUUAUUAAUGAAGUAUGGCAAGAAGAAACAAUUGGGCGCCUGCUACAACUUGUAGACCUUCCACUUCUUGACUCCUUACUAAAACAGAAAGAGGUUGUAUCUAAAGUUCCUCAACCAAAGAGGCAGCCUGACAUGAUCAACAGCAGUAACUAUCUGGAUCGAGGGAUUCUCAAGGCCUAUAGUGACUCUCAAGAUGACAAGUGGCUCUCUGCAGCCAUCGACUGCCUGGAGUACCUUCCAGACCACACAGUGGUGGCCAUAAGCAGAAGCUUUCCCGAGCAGCCCCACAGAACAGACCUGGUGAAGGAGCUUCUGUUUGAUGCCAUUGGCAAAUACUAUAGUAGUAGGGAGCCUCUACUGAAUCACUUAUCCGAUGUUCAUAAUGGAAUUGCAGAACUCCUAGUAAAUGGGAAGACUGAAAUAGCCUUAGAAGCAACUCAGCUUUUUCUGAAGCUUUUGGAUUCCCCAAAUAGAGAAGAAUUUAGACAACUACUGUAUUUCAUGGCUGUUGCAGCACAUCCUUCAGAAUUUAAACUACAGAAAGAAAGUGAUAAUCGAAUGGUUGUGAAAAGGAUAUUUUCAAAAGCUAUUGUUGACAAUAAAAAUUUAUCCAAAGGCAAAAGUGAUCUUCUGGUACUCUUUUUAAUGGAUCAUCAAAAAGAUGUUUUUAAGAUUCCUGGAACUCUACAUAAAAUUGUUAGUGUUAAGCUUAUGGCAAUACAGGAAGGAAAAGAUCCAAAUAAAGACACAGGAUAUAUUUACUGCCAGAGAAUUGAUCCAAGUGUCUAUUCCAGCAGCACACAGAAGAAAACCAAAGAUGAACUGUUGAAUUUACUAAAAGCUAUUGAUGAGGAUUCUAAACUAUCUGCCAAAGAGAAGAAGAAAUUGCUAGGUCAGUUCUAUAAGUGUCAUCCAGAUAUCUUUAUUGAGUAUUUUGGAGACUGAAUUUCUAAUGUCUGUAUAUAAGUUUUGUAUUUUAAGAAUAAAUUAUGUAUCCCAAAGAUCCAAUCACAUUUGGAAGUUCUAAAUAUGAAACUGUACUUAAUAAAAAGGUUUUUUUAUAAA